ACAAGCUUUGUGAGUGAUAAAAGGCAAGUAUGUUUUUCAUCAUUAAAAAAAAAAGAGCCAUUAAUUUUUUUUUUGUAAAACACGAGUGACUUUAUUUAUCUUGAGAGUAAACACGUGAGUUUGCGUGUGUGAGGACCUAUUUUUAUCUUAUAUGGUUUCUAGUGCUUCUGUGAACAUGAGUAAUAAGAAUGAAUCCCCUAGUAUUGAUAUGAACUCUGUUUUAGAACUUAUCAAAACACAGUUACAGCAGUUUUGCUUGGAACUUGAUCAUAGGUUCCAUAAAGAGGAUAAAGAUGAGCCGGAGACUUCUUCUUCUAAAGAAAAGAAGCAUAAGAUCCCCAGCGAUAAUGAGGAGUAUGAAGAACCCCCUUCUCCUAAGGGAAAGAAAUCCUUAAAGCGUGGUGUUAACUUAUCGAACCAAAAAGUAAAGUAUCCUUCAUUCAAAAGUAGCAACAAUCCAGAAAAAUACCUUGAUUGGGAAAUGAAGAUAGACCAAAUCUUCAUGACUCUUGAUUUGUCUGAGUUAAGGAAGGUAAAAACUACUUCUUUAAAUUUCACUGACUAUACUAUUUAUUGGUGGCAAGAUUUGCAGUACAAAAGAAGCCAACUUGCGAAAAAACCCAUUAAAACAUGGGAGAAGCUUAAAAGGUACUUGAGAAAGGUUUAUGUCCCUAGCUACUACUACACAGAGCUGAAUAGAAAAUUGAGAAUGUUUUCUCAAGGAUCUAUGAUAGUAGAGGAGUAUGUGCACGAGUUGAAUAUCUUGAAGUUUUGUGCAAACAUUCAAGAAAAUGAAUGUGAAGCAAUGUCAAGAAUUAUGGAUGGUUUGAGGCUAGAGUUGAGAGAUAAGCUUGACUUGUACACUUUUGUGGACAAGGAAGAGCUCAUACACAAGGCUAUAAAGUUGGAGCAGAGAAAUAAGAACAAACGUUCCAAAUCCUCUUGGAAAGACUCCAAGACAACUUCCAAAUGGAAGGAUUCCUAAGCCAAAGAUACAUCCUAAGCCAAGGAAGAAAUAAAGACCAACUAUGAGGGUAAAACUUCUAAACCUAAACCUUCUUCUUAUUUAUCUAACACUUCUCCUAUUAAGUGUUUCAAAUGUCAUGGUGUGGGUCACAUGGCGAGAGAUUGUAACAAUAAAAGGGUUAUGACCUUGAGAGAUGAUGGUGGCUAUGAUAGUGUGCAUGAAAGUGAUAAAGAUGAUGCUGAUAAUGUUGAUAAUGAUUCUACCUCCCAUGAAUCAAAUGAUGAGCUUGAAUGCAAUGAUGUAGUUGACUCUAUCUUAGUGGCAAGAAGAGCUCUCAAUAUUCAACCAAAGGAGGAUGAUAAGCAUGAGCAACGCGAGCAUAUUUUUCACACUAGAUGCUUCAUCAAAGAGAAAGUAUGUAGCAUGGUAAUUGAUGGUGGUAGUUGCACUAACGUCGCUAGCACUUUACUUGUAGAUAAAUUAUCUUUACCUUUAAUUCCACACCCUAAGCCCUACAAAUUACAAUGGUUGAAUGAUUUUAUUGAAAUUAGGGUUUCUAAGCAAGUGUUGAUUACUUUCUCUGUUGGAGUUUAUACUUGUGAUUUAUUAUGUGAUGUAGCCCCUAUGCUUGCUGGACACUUGUUAUUAGGUAGGCCUUGGUAGUUUGAUAGUAAGGCUACUCAUAAUGGUUUUAGAAAUUGUUACAAGGUGCCUUUUAAAGGCAAAACUAUUGUAUUAAAUCCUCUUAGGCUCAUCCAAGCCUAUGAAGAUCAACUAAAGAUUAUUCAAGAUUACAAGUAAAGGAGAGAUCUCCUUGAUUGUGGCAUGAGUGAGAGAGAAAAGAAAGAGAGUAUUACUUUACUUGAAAAUCAAUCAAAAGAGAGGAAAAAGAGUGGUAAGAAGGUGAGAAAAGAAAAAAAUAGAAUGGUGGGAGUGAAGGAAAAUAGUGAAAAGAAAAUAUUAUUGUGUGGGAAAAGUAAGAUUCAAGAGGCUUUGAUGAGUGAGCAAGCCUUUAUUGUAAUUCCCAAGAAUAUUUAUUUUUCUACUAAUACUUUUGACCCCACUUUGCCUUCUAGUGUUGUCUCUUUGUUGCAGGAUUAUAGAGAUCUAUUCCUUGAUGAAAUUCCUGAUAGACUUCCUCCCUUAAGAGGAAUUGAGCAUAGGAUAGAUUUCUUGCCUGGAGCUGCUAUUCUAAACAAGCCUGCUUAUAGGGCUAACCCUGAAGAGACUAAGGAGAUCCAGCGCCAAGUAGAGGAAUUGAUAAUGAAAGGCUUUGUGCGUGAGAGCCUUAGCCCUUGUGCUGUCCCUAUUAUCUUGGUGUCAAAAAAAGACGGAUCUUAGAGGAUGUGUAUUAAUUGUAGAGCAAUCAACAAAAUCACUGUAAAGUAUCGUUACCCUAUCCUUGGACUUGAUGAUAUGCUUGAUGAAUUGCAUGGUGCUUUUAUCUUUUCUAAAAUUGAUCUUAGAAGUAGUUAUCAUCAAAUUAGUAUGAAAGAGGGUGAUGAAUGGAAAACUGCCUUUAAAACUAAAUUUGAAUUAUAUGAAUGGUUAGUUUGCCUUUUGGUUUGACUAAUGCUUCUAGCACUUUUAUGGUAUUAAUGAAUCAUGUUUUUAGAAAGUUUAUAGGCAAGUUUGUUGUGGUUUACUUUGAUGAUAUUCUGAUUUAUAGUAAAUCUUUGACUGAUCAUAUAAGUCAUCUUAAAAAUGUGUUCGACAUCUUGAAGGAAUAUAAGCUAUAUGCUAAUUUUCAAAAGUGUUUCUUUUACAUGGACUUUGUUAUCUUUUUGGGAUUUGUUGUUAGAUUACAGGGAAUUCGUGUAGAUGAGGAGAAAGUUAAGGCUAUUCGUGAAUGGCCAACCCCUCAGAAUGCAAGUGAAGUGAGAAGCUUCCAUGACUUAGCAAGCUUCUAUAGGAGAUUUGUUAGGUGCUGUUUUAAUGUAGGAUUCUAAGCCUAUAGCUUACUUCAGUGAAAAGCUUCACGGCAUAGCUUUGAAUUAUUCCACCUAUGACAAAGAGCUUUAUGCUCUAAAGAGGGCCUUAGAAGCAUAACAACAUUAUUUGUGGCCCAAGGAAUUCAUCAUUCAUUCUGAUCAUGAAAGUUUAAAGUUUAUCAAGUCUCAAGGUAAGUUAAACAAGAGACAUGCUCGCUGGAUGAAAUUUAUUGAAACCUUUACUUAUAUGAUUAAGCAUAAGCAAGGUAAAGAUAAUGUCAUUGCUGAUGCCUUAUCUCGAAGGUAUACAUUACUUUUUUAUUUGCAUGCUCAAUUACUUGGUUUUGAGAUUCUAAAAAUUUUUUAUAAAACUGAUCUUGAUUUUGAAAAUAUUUGGAAAUCUUGUGAAAAUCAUGGAUCCGGUGAUUUCUUUAUAUUUGAUGGAUUUCUUUUUAAGAAAAAUAAAUUAUGCAUUCCUAUUUGUUCUAUGCGUGAGUUGCUUACUAAGGAAGCACGUAGUGGUGAUUUGAUAGGACACUUUGGUGUAGAGAAAACUUUGGCUAUUUUGUCUGAUCAUUUCUUUUGUCCUCACAUGUAGAAAGAUGUCAUAUCUGUUUGUGAUAAAUGCAUUAAAUGUAGACAAGCAGAAUCUAAGGUCCAACCUCAUAGGCUUUACUCUCCUUUACUCGUCCCCUCUCACCCUUGGGAACAUAUCUCUAUGGAUUGCCUAAAUCUUCUGCAGGCAAAGAUUCCAUAUUUGUUGUUGUUAAUAGGUUCUCUAAGAUGGCACACUUUAUUGCUUGUGCUAAGACUAAUGAUUCUAUUAAGAUUACUAACUUAUUCUUUAAAGAGAUUGUUCGUUUGCAUGGUUUACCUAAGACUAUUGUAAGUGACAGAGAUAUGAAGUUUCCUAGUCAUUUUUGGCGUACCCUAUGGCAUAAAUUAGGGACUAAGUUACUUUUUUUCACUACUUCCUAUCCACAAACUGAUGGUCAAACUGAGGUAGUUAACAGAACUAUGACUACACUAUUAAGAGCAAUAAUUCAGAAGAAUUUGAAGAAUUAGGUGAAUUGUUUACCUCAUAUUGAAUUUGCUUACAAUAGGUUGUUCAUUCUUCUACUUCUUAUUCUCUAUUUGAAAUUAUUUAUGGUUUCAAUCCAUUAUGUCCUAUUGAUAUUUUACCUUUGUCUUUCUCUGAGCUUGCUAACACUGAUGGCAAGAAAAAAGCUAAGUUUAUGCAGGACUUACAUGCUAAGGUUAAAGCAAACAUAGAGCGAAACAAUGAGCAAUAUGCCAAGCAAGCAAAUAAAGGCAGGAGACGUGUAAUCUUUGAGCUUGGAGAUUGGGUUUGGUUACAUUUAAGGAAAGAGAGAUUUCCUAAUCAAAGGAAGUCCAAACUUCAAGCUCGAGGAGAUGGACCUUUCCAAGUUUUGGAAAGAAUUAAUGAUAAUGCUUACAAGAUUGAUUUUCCUAACUCUUAUGGCAAUGUUAGUGCCACAUUUAAUAUUUCUGAUUGAUCUUUAUAUGAUUCUGCAGAUUCAAGGACGAAUCCUUUCCAACUGGGAGGGAAUGAUGGACACCAUGGCACGGGUGACAUGGCAUUAAUGGCAAUGAAGCUUGAGGAUGGUAAUCGUAAGCAUGGUGAUAUAGAAGGAGCCCAAUACUUCCAAUCCAACGUACCUAAAGACCCAUUACAACAUAUUGAAGGUCCAAUGACAAGAGCCCGAACUAAAGCCAUGAAGCAAGCCUUGUUCAGUUUUGUGCAAGAAGUUCAAGAGCUUAGAGAGCAUUGGGACACUCCUUUCAAGCCCAAAAGAGAGCACCUAUACGUGUAUAAUGUAUUUAAGAUCUAAACUCAUGAAAAGUCAAGCCCAAGAGAUGCAGACCUUAGCCCAAUGCAAGGAAGACUACAAGUUGAGCCUCUUACAAGCAAGGAGGCAUGAAACUCUAGUAAAGAAGUCAAGGGUGGCGUAAUUUUAAAUCUUUUAUGAUCCCUUGAUUGUCUCCUAACUUAUUUCCUAUUUUAAUGAUUCUUUGAUUUGAUUUUUUAUUUUGAGUAUAGUCAAAGGGUAGAAUUAAUUAUAGUAUUAAUUUUUAAAUUUUGUAAUCCCAUAAUUUUAGGAUCACAUCUCCUAAAUUAUGUGGCUGAAUAUUUUAUCAUUAUUUUAUAUUAUUUCUCCUUUUAGUAUUAGGAAAUUAGGGUUUUAAUUUUAGAAAAUAUUUUUUUCUAUGAGCCUAU